AUGAGUACCUGCACUUUUCUGUUGAGAAUUUUACCCCUGGGAAGGGAAGACGAUGUCACCUAUGCUACAGUGAAGUUUGCAGAAGCUCCAAGCUCCCAGCAGCAGACAGACCCCAGCCGCACAGCGGACCCCACCCCGCCUGUGAGUGCUGCUGGCAAAGCCUCUUCAUACAGACAGCCUGCACUGGUCUUCCUCAUCCUGUGCUGUCUCUUACUGGCUGCCAUCAUCUCCCUCGCUGUCUAUCUUUUCAGAGCUAAAGACACUGAGAAAUACACCAGCCCGUCCACAAAUGAUUCAUCAUUACUGAAUCAGCUGCAGCACAAUAACAGGCUCAGUGAAACUCAUUCUGAGCUGCAGAAGCGGGGUUGUUCUUCAGAGAAGUGGAUGCAGUUCAAUGGAAAGUGCUACUACUUCUCAACUGAUACAAUGAACUGGCACUCCAGCCGGGCUAGCUGUGUGUCAAUGGGAGCAGACCUGGUGAUUAUAGAGAGCGAGGCAGAGCAGAGAUUCUUAUUGAAUGCAGCUAAAGCCCAGACUGCAGGGAAUCGCUACUGGAUUGGCCUGACUGAUGCUGUUACUGAAGGAGCCUGGCUCUGGGUGGACGGCACUCCUCUCAAUGACAAGGCAAAAUACUGGUACCGUAAUGAGCCUGAUGACUGGAAGGGAGAUGAGGACUCGUCCGGGCAGGAUUGUGCAGAACUUAUGUCCAUGUCAGAUACCCUCAAAGCCUGGUCUGAUCAAUCGUGCACACAGCAACCCAAUAGAUGGAUUUGUGAAACCAUGGCAGUGAUAAUCAAUAUAUAAAACCAAUGUGGGUCUGUUUCA